UCCUGGUCAGUGGCAGUAGCUCAUCCCACUGCAUUUACUUAGAAUGAAAUUCGGAUCACUGAGUAGUUCAUUUUCAUUUUCACAACAAUUUCAUCAACGAUUAAUAUGAAGCUACUGUCAAAAAGCGGAAACCAGCAGACUUCAGACAUUUUUGUAUAAUACCACCGGCUGGAAGGACCGUGCAGAAGAUGGAAAUAUCUGCUUAAUCUGAAGAAAUAUCAGAGGUUUGAUCUCCAAUUUGACCAGACAAUGAAAAAGAAACCUGGAUGUUUAGAGAUCCUCAGAACAUCCAGAGAAGGAUGUAAGGGCCUCUGAGGUAAAGAUAAAGGAGAGGAAGAAGCUGUUUAAGAUCCCUGUUUUAAAGGAGAAAUGUCAGCCUAUCAAUCACUUGGGAAAACCAUGCGGGGCGAGAUGGAUGGGAGGAAGCAGAGAGGAGGAGACGCUGUAACCUUCUAUGCAGCUGCAGAUGAUGGCAGGAGAUCGGAACUCAGAAUCAUCCUCGUUGGUAAAACUGGAGCUGGGAAAAGUGCAACAGGAAACUCCAUCCUUGGCGAGAGAAAGUUUGAGUCGAAACUCAUGGCAAAGUCCGUAACUUUGACUUGUGAAAAAGGACAAAGGAGCUGGAAUGGGAGGGAGCUUGUGGUUAUUGACACACCUGCCAUUUUUGACGGAAAGGUUUGUGAGACAGUAACUCAUAGAGAGAUUGUUUAUUGUAUCGCACUCUCUGCCCCUGGCCCCCAUGCUCUGCUGCUGGUCACCCAGCUGGGCCGUUACACUGCAGAAGACAGGGAAGCAGUGAAGCGAGUAGAGGAGAUUUUUGGAGUUGAAGCCAUGAGGCACAUGAUUGUCCUGUUCACUCGUAAAGAGGAUUUAGGGGUUGGUUCACUGUGUGACUACGUGAGACACUCAGAUAAUAAAGAUCUUAAGGGGCUGAUUCAGAAGUGUGGGAACCGAUAUUGUGCGUUCAAUAACAAAGCAACUGGAGCAGAACAGUCUGAACAGGUUUCUGACCUGAUUGAAAUGAUCCAGGGAAUGGUUCAGGAGAAUGGGGGAAGCUAUUAUGUCAGUCAGAUGUAUUUGGAACCUAAUUUAACUGAACAAAAAGUGAGAUAUCUUAUUGGAAUAAAUAAAAGAACCAGGGCGAACUCUCUUUUUACAAAGCAUAGGAAAGUUAUUUUGGGCUUUGGGGUUGCUGCAUUUGUUCUUAUUAUUGUAUUUCUCCUGAUCUACCUCAUCGCUAACAGUCAUUAAUAAAGUCUCGUUACAACCUAA